AUGGUCUGCGCCUUCUCAUCAUCGUCCUCAGUGGCGCCGUCGUCUGCAUGCUGGGUCCACACCCCUCGAAAUCUAUCGUGGCAACCGCUACCUGGAACCUGCGCAGCGGAGAAAUCCCCAUUGACAUGGCCUGCUCACACCAACCUCGCCCCCACCAUCGUCCUGCUCGCCAUCGCCGCCGCGAACUUCCUCGCCUCGGUUGCCAUCCUCUCGCUCUCGCUCAAGCGCUCCUUCCGCCGACCCAUUCGCUCACGUGAUGCCUACCGCAUCAUUGCUGGGAGCUUCGGCGUCAUUCUCUGGAUCACCGCCAUUGUCGUCUUCCACCUGCUCGACAAGGCCAGCAAAGCCAGCCUGGGUCGCUACUCGUGCACCAACAAGAACGUAUUGAGUAAUGGCCGGUUCCAGUACCGCGCAGUCUGCGAGGAGCAGGGCGUCGCAUUCUAUACUGCCAUUGGCGCCGCAACGGCCGAGAUCCUCACUCUCGCGACCCUUGCCGUGUCUGCCAUUCGUUCAGUAAAGAACCAAGAACCCGCACCCAUGCUACAAAUACGCGACAAGAAGCAUUCAAUCAGCUCCGGCUCGCAGCUGCCCUACAAACCCCGAAAACGCUCGCCCUCGACUCUCUGA